AUGCAUUCACGGCAGCGUUCGCUGUCUCUGUCGCGAUCGCUGUCACUUUCACGGUCGCAUGUACCAAAGCAUACGAGAACCACUAAACAAGAGCAUUUUGAAGCUUAUAACAAAUUGCGACAGCGUAUGAAGAAUCAGCUUAAGGAGGCAGCUAAGGGGCAAGGUAUACAUAUUUCAUUAAACAAUAUUGACGAGUUAACUAGAUUAUACUCAGUAAUUGAACGAGACCAAGUUCGAGAUACUAAAGUACAUCUUGAAGAUUCCGAAGUGUUAAAAGAAGCUUCUGGAUUUGCUGCUUUGAAUGCAAGAAACCUACGGUUUGGUGAAAAUGAUGUAGCGUUGAAUGAAAACGAUGUUAUAAGAAAAAUUAAACAAUAUGCCGUUACUGAUGAUUCAAUGUUAGUCAAUACAGAGAAUGAUCAUAUUGAGGGAGAAGAGGAAGACGAAGAAGACGAGGAGGAGGAGGAAGACGCGGAGGAGGAGGUAAUAACAGAUGAAUACUCGUUCAAUAAAAUAAACUGGUUGAAAUUGGGAGUGUUAUAUCACCAAAUUAGUAAAAAACCAAUUCUGGUUGAUUUCUUAUAUGGUCCUUUAGCUAGUGAGCGAAGAAAAGCGGCUUCGCGUACACGUAUAGUGGAUGAUUCAAAAAGCGGUACCUUAACAACAGCAAAAGCUGUACAAGCAAAAGAUAUUCAAGAAGAUGAAGAGAAAAACACUGCGUAUAUGAUUAGAAUGAUUUAUGAAAUAUACCUCAGUAAAGAUCGAGGUGGUGAAGUAAAUUUUUACACUUUUUUCAUUGACCCAAAGUCAUUUGCCCAAUCGGUGGAGAACUUGUUUUAUACGAGUUUCUUGGUUAAGGAUGGCAGGUUAAAAUUGUUUACGGGUAGAAACGGAUAUCCAUAUGUUGCAAGAGUAAGUCAAAAGGAAAUACAAGAAAACAAAUUGGAUAGCAGUAAUGCGAUUUCCUCGCAUCAUAUCGCUACUUUUAACUAUGAUGUUUGGGAAUAUAUGAUUAAAAAAUUCAAAAUUAAAGAGUCAUUUUUGGGUCAUCGUGAUGAACUUGAGGAUUGUAUACCCGAGGAGGACUAUAUAGAGGAAGAAGUGGAAGAAAUGGAAGAAGUGGAAGAAGAGGAAGAAGAGGAAGAAGAAUAA